AUGUCGGACAACCGCUCCCACCGGAACGAUCCUUUCGCUGUGCUUGGCGUAAAUCAGGGCGCCAGCGACGCGGAGCUGAAGUCUGCCUUCCGCAAGCUCGCCCUCAAGUACCACCCCGACCGCCACCACGACGCAUCUCCAGGCGCGCAAGAUGCAGCCGCAGCAUCAUUCAAGGAGGUCUCAGAGGCCUACAAGGCUAUCCGUUCGGGCGCAGCUGCGACCCAGCAAGGAGCGCAGCGCACCUGGCGCACGCAUCGCCCGGCGGACUCGCAGUGGUCUGGUGGGCCUUUUGGAUCUGCGGACCCUAGGGACGCGUUCUGGCAAGCGUACGCCCGAGCGCACCAAGCCCGGGAACAGCGCACCAGGGUGCGGGACUGGGAGAACGCACGUGUACGCCGGGAGCGGGCAGCGCGGGGGGCCGGCAUGCCGUUCGGGAUGUUCACGCGGCAAGCGCGAUGGGAGUACCCGCGCGGCAACGGCGCUGGUCCGUCGCACUGGCGAGACUUCCUCGACCGGCUGUACCGCGAUCUAGAGAAUCCGCGCGGCGGCUUCGGAUUCCCCCGGGGUCCCAUGGCGCACUUGUUCCAGAAAAGGGUGUUUGCGUCUGGAGGGCGAGGCGCCGCGAACCUGGUGAUGCUGCUCACGGCUCCGUCGCUGCUGGUGUUUCUGGGGUCGAUGAUGAUGUUUGGUGUGGAGGGGGGGCGGCGGGAUGUGUGGCCAGGUGCUGCGAGGCGCGGGUCUUUGAGAGACGGGCAGCUGCGUGUCCGACGCGCUGGGGAGGAGCUCGCGGAUCCCUGGGACGACCAAAGGGUGGUGACGACAGCCGAGGCUGGGUCGCGGCCCGUAGAGGACGAGCCAGGCAGCAAGGGGGAGUCGGGACGUACGAAUCCGUGGAUGCCAAGCCAGGCGCGCAAGAGAAGUGAUUGA